CCCACUUUUCAAUUUUCAAAUUCUGACAGACACGAAUUCAGUUUACUGACGCAUUUCAGACUUGUCUGCUCAUUGUCAUACUUAAAACCAAAUAAGUCAUGUGUACGUUGUACUUUAUUAUUCUUAUUUUUUGUCAGGCCCGCUCUUUCUUUUUCUUAACUGUUUUGAUUUGUGUUUUGAACAACACAAAAAACCAAAAAAAACCAACUUUGCACCCAACAAUCAAACUGGAGAGACCGUGGUCUGCACACAAAAUAAAAAAGCUAAUUAAGGCAACUGCGUGUUAGUGUAUAUUAUGACCUUUUUUUACGUUUCAGGAGGGGGGAGUUUGUUGAUUCUAAGGCUUAUUUUUG